UGUGCGCGUCGGAGGGCGGCCGGGGCUCCGCAGCAUCCUGAGCGCAGGCGAGCCAGCUGACAUGACCGCGCUGUGCAUUGCCCUGGUCUCGGCCCUAGGACUGGCGCUCGGUCACUCCGACCAGGGCACCGAGGAGGAGUUAGAGCACUCAGGGUUCGGCACCACAGAAGAAGAAAAGGCAGAUGAAGAGACAACCAGCGCUUUGGCUCUGGUGAGCACAGAGGUGUUACCUGCAGAUACAAAUUCUACACACACCAAUGAGGGAGCCCUAGGCUCGCAGGAGUUCGUGCUAAUGGUGGCGGUCCCACUGGCUGCUCUGGUCAUUCUUUUAUCUGUGGUUCUCCUUGCGGUCUACUUUAAAAGCAGGAGACACAAGCAAGAGCCUUCUAGCCAAGGAUCUCAGAGUGUCCUGCAGACAUGCGAACCCAUUGGCGAAAACCUGAAAGUCCCUAUUUUUGAAGAGGACACACCCUCCGUGAUGGAAAUAGAGGUGGAAGAGCUGGACAAGUGGAUGAGCAGCAUGACUAGAAAUGCCGACCAUGAAUGUUUACCUACUUUGAAGGAAGAAAAGGAGCCAAACCUCAGCCCAAGCGACAGUGAGUCCUAAUCUGAGCGGUGUUGAUGUUCUCCAAGAGCACACUCCCUGAGGGCACCUGCUGGGCCUGACACGGGAAGAUGAAGAGGAGACAGGUUCCAUCCGUUUCAAAUCAGUGUAGACACGAGACCCAUUUUACUGUUUCUUCCACACCCCCUCUUCAGACAAUGACACCCGGGGACUAGUCCUAGGAAAGGCCUGGCGGCCCGCCAGAGUAACCGUCUGCGUGGAACUCGGGGUGCAGAAGGGGCACAACUGAUCAGUGGGCGUCCCCUCCUCAUUCAUUCUGAUCACCUUUAAGCCGCCAUCACUGGUCGGCUUCACCCCUGAGGAUUUGAAUAAGGAAGCUGGUCUUCUUCCGGGUCACCUCACUACCUACCGGCUUUGGAUGACAUCGUCUCGUUAUUCAUGUCCUCUGACAGGUCAACUCCGUUCUUCUGGGACUUUCCUCACGUCAUGCCACGUCACAGAGAAGACACCGAACGAAGCAAGUGUUUCAUAUCCACACCACCCCAGGGGGGCUGUUGAGCUUGUUUUCCACCUGCUAAGGAAAUACAACAAGGAAGGGCACAGCCCUCACGGGAGAACCUCGAGUGGCUCACAGACUCGCACCCAGCCACACUCAGCCACAUCUCAGUCACCUUUGAAAACGAUGUAGAAGAAAUAAGCCGUCUUUAUUGAGAGAGGCAACAUUUUCCUUCUCUACCAAGAUCACCUUGCAACAUCUCAAAGCUGUUGUUUUGAUCUUGUCUCAUGCCACAGGCCUGUCCUGUACGGGCACGCGGCAUGGAAUGCGUGCAGCCUGAGAUCAUCGUGGAGAUUCUCAAGGGUGAACAAGAUAGAUCUGUACCUGUGGCAGCUGCGGCUUGCUCUGCUCUGCAGUCUCUUCUGCACGCUAUGGCCCUUCCUGUAGGGCUGGGAAGAGUCCCCAGCCCUCAACACAACACUCCGGGAGGUGGCUAUUAGGCCAUCAGAGAAGACAUUCUCCAUGAGAUUCCUGGACAUCCAUGUGCUAAAAACUGUGGUGUGAAACGCAGAAGGGCCCACUAAUAUCUUCUCCUCCACCAUGCCAGCCCCAUUUAAUCCUCAGCUUUCUAGCUCCGACCUUUGAAAGGCCGUAGCAAAUCGAGUCCUUAGCUCUCCUGGGAUGCUUGGUAUUUUAUUCCAGGAAAGAAACAAAGAAUGAGAAUUUUUAUUCUGCUAACCACGUAUAAACCGAGGGGAGAUGAAGCUAACUGAACUUUUUUGCUGCUGAAUUUGGAGUCUGUGUUUGAAAGGCUACCUUCAUGCUCCACAGGGUGCCUUCUGCCUCCUUGAGGCCCCUUCAUCGAGCUCUUGCCUUCUGAGUGCUGCAGAUAAUUUUAUAGGCAGAACUGCAGGCUAGGGUGGAAGACAACUCUGGUUGCAUUGGAUCCUGGCUGUCCCGCUGUCCUGGGACUUUGCAGUGCUCUGACAAAGGACAGUGUUCGACAGUGCAUCCUCAACAGAUUGGUCUGUCACGCCCUCAGCGUUCUGGCAUGGCUCAGUCCCUGCCCCUGGACAUUCACAAUCAAUUUGUAACCUGUCCUGAUUCUCAGACAUUCACCCAGCAAAUGCUGCCUUCCGAGUCAUCUUUGCUCGUCCUUUCUUCUGCUCAUGACUGUUCCUUGAAAUUUGCUUCUCUUUCUCUGAAAAGUCUGGUUCCUUCUUUCUCAGGCUGUCUAAGAUCCUUGCUGACUACCUAGGCCUUUGACCUUGGUCUAAUUCUGUCCAAUAUCUAACUUCGGAAGUCCUCAGAAGUGUCCGAGGUCUUGGACUGUUACUCUGCAUAAAGUGGUGUUUUGUGAGAUGAUAAUUAAAUUCUCAUCCAACCUGCUAAAUAACCUCAAACUCCCAAAGAAACCAAUUGACCUGCAAGAUGUUGGGUUUACAACUAAGAACUGUGUUGGCUUCUCUAGCUGCACAGUGCACAGGAACUUUCUACAAAGCUAGUUUGCUCUGGCAAGACUCAUAAUGUUAGCAUGGGUCAAGCUGUCACGUUAACCCUAGGAUCCUGAAUCUUUAUUAUUAGGCAAUCAGAGCACAGCAUAUGUAUAUGACAAUUUCAAGAAUUCUUUUUUUAAAAAAAACUUAUUUACCUAUGUAUACGACUGCUCCAUUUGCUUCUAUGUCUGCAUGCCAGAAGAGGGCAUCAGAUCUCAUUAUGGAUGAUUGUGGGCCGCUACAUGGUUGCUGGGAAUUGAACUCAGGACUUCAGGAAGGAUAGCCAGUGCCCUUAACCACUCUCUCCAGCCCUCCAAGGAUUCUUAAAACAAAAUACUUAUCUUUUACAUUAUUAAUAGAAAAAAAAACCUCAUCAGUUUGUCCAAGCUGGAUAGCCAAUCAGAACAAAUCAAAUUUUAAAAUAAAGAUGGGCAGGGAAUAUAUCCCAGUUGGGGGUUGUUUGCCUCACACACACAAAGCCCUGGGUUGGUUCAGUUCUUAGCAUAAUCUCGGUGUGGCUGCAGGAAGGUCAUUCCUAUAAGUUCAAGGUCAUUCUCCACCACAGAGGGAGUUUGUGGUCAGCCUGGACAGUCUAAAAACCCCAAAACCAAAAACAAAGAACCAUUUUAAAGACACAUGCUUUGGUGUUUUGUUUCGUUGAGUAGGUUGAUGGCAUU